AGCCAGCUGUUGGAAAGCAGCGCUCCUAAACCAUCCGCUACUACUGCAUCAGGUGAAUGUCUCCACAUCAACACAAAGAGCAGAACACGAGACAAGAUUUCUCCUGCACAUGUCUAUGAUUUGCAACUCGUCCUCUCUCACUGGUCUUGAUCGAGCGGCUGCAACUCAGAGGUGAACGGAGAAAACCAGAUCGAAUAACAGGUGUCAGAGUGUCAAACGGCAGAGAAGAUGGGAAGAAAGAAAAUACAGAUUUCUCGUAUUCUGGACCAGAGAAAUAGACAGGUGACUUUUACCAAGCGCAAGUUUGGUCUGAUGAAGAAAGCUUACGAGCUGAGCGUGCUGUGUGACUGUGAGAUCGCCCUCAUCAUCUUCAACAGCACCAACCGUCUGUUCCAGUACGCCAGCACAGACAUGGACAAAGUGUUGCUAAAAUACACAGAGUACAGCGAGCCGCACGAGAGUCGCACUAACACGGAUAUACUGGAGACUCUGCGGAGGAAAGGCCUCGGUCUCGAAGGCUCAGAGCUUGACAGUGAAGAAAGCAUGCAGGUGGCUCCAGAUAAAUAUCCUCUCAGCGAGGGAAUGGAUCUCUCUGUGGCUCGCCAGCGCCUCUAUGCUCCAUCCCUGCUCUCACCGGAGGCCCAGUUCCUGGUGUCUGCGGGCUGUGAGAACGGCUUCGCCAACUCCUCCGGAUCCAGCAUGGCUUCCCACAGACCCCCAGGCUUUAAAACUCUGAGCUCCAGACCCGGCUCUGCCAGCCCUUCUGGACCACACACUCACAGCGCCUUCAUGUCUCCACACUCAGGCAUCGGCUACUCUGUGUUCUCCCACGGCAACCUGAAUCGAGCUCUUGACAUUAAAAGCCCUCCUCCUCUGAACCUGGGCAGCGAGAACCUCCGCGGAGAGGCUGCUAACCAGGGCAUGGGUGCCACACGUGCUAACCACAACUCUGCUAGAGGUCUCUUGUACCAGGGUCUGCACAGUGGCAGCUCCAUGGUAGCUAUGGGCAAGGCAGGGCUGCUGGGCCACACUUUGGGUGGCUACGGCCUCCCCUCCCCUGGAACAUCUGAUUACAGCCAGUCUGGUUUUUAUCACUCUGUUAGUCUACAACGAGGAGCAAUGAAUCCCUGGCAACCAGUGCAGCCACCUCAGGAGCCACAUGGGCCUCAUAUAAGCCCAGGGAUGUCCAGUGGAGGGUGCUCCUUCCCCUCUCAGUCUUGCUCCUCAUCUUCUCCACAUCCUUCCUCCCUCAACCUGCACAUCAAAUCGGAGCGUAGCUCUCCUGAGCAUAUGUCCUCGCCCACCUCCCCUCCUCUACACCACCUCAGGCAGCAUUCUCCAAUGAGCAACCCGGAUUCGGCUCGCCAUACCCCUCCAGAAUCCCAUCCAACCAAUGAGACGAAGGAGUUUCCCAAAGCUGGAUACCCACAAGAUGAGGAGGAAGGAGGGCAGGCGCUCAGGCAGUUAGAGAUAAGUGACGGGUGGCAGAGAUAGCUGGCUACCGCAGUCUACCACCAUCUCCCAUUCAAUCAGCUAUCUUCUAUCAAACCCCCCCCACACACACACACACACACACACAACACACACACACACACACACACACACACACACACACACACACACACACACACACACACACACUCACACACACUCACACACACUCACACAAAUCAUAGCAAGAAAAUAGCGAGAUGGGGUCCAUUUGUCCCCAUCAUCCCAGAGAGGAAAGCCUCUCUUUGUCUCCUCACACAGAGCUGGUCUCUCCUGGGUGAUGGAGAGUCUUCUGUGCAUCACUUGAUUGAUCCCAUGACGAUGAGAUAGAUGCGUACAAACUUUUUUUUGCUUUUUGUUUGAUUAGGUUUAGUGUUUUCUUUUCUGUGUGGAGCAAAUGUGAAUCAAAAUACAAAUUGAAAUGUGUUAAUUUUGUUCUGUGACUUUUCUGAAAUUUUAGCAAAAGCAGCAUAGCGGGACCAACUGAAUUUUCUCCAAAAGUGCAAAACACAUCUACGUAUAUGUUUGGCUUUCCAAGCAGUCCUCGGUGAAGUGAAAAGACAUAACAAUAAAGUGUGUCCACUGCUUAAAUGUUACAGUAAAGGAGCGCUCUGGUAGCCGAGUGGUUACUGUGCAUGCCAUAUAUCCGUAUAUCUGAAACGUCCCCUCUUUGAGUCUUGUAAGGGGCCUUUAUUGUACCCAUACCUAUUUCUUUCUCCCCUUGUUUCCUGUGGGCCUCUUUGCCAGUAACUGUCCAAUAAAGGCAAAAGUGUCCAAAAACAUAAUCUAAAAAAAAUGUUUUCAUUGUUCAGCAUUAAGCAGAAAGCACUGGAGAAAAAUAGUGACAUCAACCCAACUUAAUCAUUGUCUCAGUAAAACUUCGCAACUAAUUCCCUUGUUGUUAUAAAUGCUUUAAUGUUUUAGCUUUUAGCCCAAAGGUGGUGAGACAAUCUCCCCCACAUGUGACCAGAUCACCUGUUGCUGGGGCCUUGGCCUUUUCCGAAGGGUUGAAAUGUGCCUGCGUAUUAGGACAUUUUCAAAUUCUGAGCAUCAGCGAGACUCAGGGAUUUACAGGAUGGUUUCUUUAUUAAGUUAAAAAGAGGUUUCUUUCCAUCGUAGGACUGUAAUUGUGGAUAAGCUAAGCUUUACUCGUAUAAUUCCUCCAAAUAAUGCUAGUUUGAUCUUUUUACUUUAUUAGUAACAAAACUUACGGUAGUCUACUUUCACUAUAGACCAAAGUGUUUAAUAUUUGUCCCUAUGCAUUAAAAUCAAAUGCUGCAACAGCCAAAGAUGUACUGUGUGUAAUCCUCUAUAUUGGGUCGAGUUUGAUUUAAAUAAUUUAAAUGCUAUCAAAGUUUUUAUGAAGCGCUUCAUUUCAUAAUGUAAAUAUUAUGUCCAUUAUUGUCUUAUGAUAUUUAUAAAUGUAUGAGACAUUGUAAUCAAUGAGUCUAAAUAUUUGGCCUACUGGAUGAUAUAUAAUAUUUCAUUAAAGACCCACACAUUACAUUUUUUUUGGUUGUAAUUAAAUCUGUAUAUUUUCUUUUUGCACUGGAUCUCUGUGUAAUUUGGUUUUACAUAUUCAACCUUCUUUUUGCAGAAUAUACUCAAUAUUUCAGGUUUUCUGUUGAAUUUCCACUGUUUGCCCACAAGGGGUCAGCUUAUUUUGCAACAUCUUGCUGUCUAAAAUGAGAUGAGAAGCGCAGGGAUGACUGUCCUUAACUAUUGGUGUUGAAUUAUCUGAUGAAUCCCUGUCACAAGACAAAGGUUCAGUGGGUCACAGGACUUUUAACAAAUACAUCAUGACAAGAAGCAGAGAUUCAGUGAGCCGGUGGAGGUCUUCAAGUUCAAGUGCUGCUGUGGAAUUAGCUCCCUCUCAUUUUAUUUUCAUUUUUUAUGCAGUUAUGUGGAUUAAUAUCAGCAUGAAAAGCCAAGUUAUCAGUAUUCUGAUGUUUUGGAUUGAGUUUUUAUGUUUGCUGAAUGCUUCACUAACAGAACAGAGAAAGAUUUUUAUUUGACAUUUGUUGUGAUU